AACUUCCCCACAACAACAAAAACAAAAACUCACUGCGUUGCUCUGACAAUGGAGUAUUCAGCGUGUAAUAUUUGGAAUAUUUGCUAAAUUUUUGCAACAGGACGACAAUUUAUUACAAAACGGCUCUCAAGUGUUGGACAUUGUUGUUACCGACCGGGGUCCAUUACUACUCGUCACAUAAAUUAGGACCAGGAUUUUGCAAGCAUCUCACACGCUACUUUAGCUCAAACAGAAAUGAAAAUUUGAACAAUUUUCUGGAGAAUCUUACAAUGAGCCGUCAUCAUCAUUCUCGCUGGUUUGAUAACCCAUUUGAAGACGAUGAAUUUAAACUGGAUAAGGCAGCUCUAAAGGUGCAGGGUUUGGAGUAUCUGGACUCGGCAUUUGCAAAGGGCACGCGCGACGGGGACGGAGGCUUGUAUGUGGGUGCGGUGGGGGUGGCAUACGCAUUUCUCCACGUCGCACACCUACUUUCACCAGAAGAACGGAAAAAGUACCACUCGCUCGCAUUGAAUGCGUAUCAAACCCAGGCGAAGUACUACCUGACAAGCAAUCCUCAACGGAACGACGCCUGCGCUUUUCUUUUGGGGAAAGCAGGAUUUUUCGCAGUGGGUGUGGUGCUGGGGAAAGAAUCUGGUCAUGAAGACAUCACUGAAGAGAAUAUUAAGAAUUACAUUGAAGCUGGAGAGGUGUGCAAACAGCCCAACUUUGGUAAACAUGGAGGGGAUGAACUGUUCGUUGGGAGGGCAGGUUAUCUAUGUGGAGCGUUAUGGUUGCAACAGAAAUUGGGGUAUAUGCCGAUUCCACAGAAGGAUCUUCUAGAAAUCUUCAAUUUGAUUAUUGAGAGUGGGAGAAACUAUUCUAAUCAGCAUAAAAGCCCAUGUCCAUUAAUGUACUCUUACUACGAUACGGAAUAUUUGGGAGCUGCUCAUGGAUUAUGCUCUAUUUUACAGAUCCUUUUAUCAUAUCCACAAUUUCUGAAUGAAAACUCUGAUGCUGAAACUGUGGUUAAAGCUACAUUAGACUUCUACUUGACCCUUCAAGAUUCAUCGGGGAAUUUUCCAUGCGCAAUGGAUGAAAUUGGUCCUAGAAAAAAACGGGGGGACGCCGACAUGCUUGUUCACUGGUGUCAUGGAGCGCCAGGUGUUGUAUAUUUAUUGGCGAAAGCUUACUUGCACUACAAGGACAAAAAAUAUUUGGAUGCGUGCAUAAGAUGUGGAGACUUGGUUUGGAAUCGUGGACUACUUCGAAAAGGACCUGGGAUAUGUCAUGGUGUUGCUGGCAGCGGCUAUGUUUUUCUGUUAAUUUAUAAUCUACUCGAACAACGAGAUCCAAAACAUUUGUAUCGAGCUGCCAAGUUUGCACAGUUUUUAAAGUCAUCACAAUUCUUAAAAGAGGCAAGAACUCCGGAUUGCGCCUUUAGCCUAUAUGAAGGAAUAGCUGGGACGGCAUGCUUCGUGCUGGACUUAUUGCAACCUGUAAACGCAGAGUUUCCCUUUUUCAAUGUGCAUAAUAGUUAUAAUGGAUAAAAGUAUAUACAAGAGGUCAUUAUUUUGCGAAUGAAAACUUGAACUGUAAUAAAUUUAUGUUCCGCGUCUCAUAAACUUCAAGUAAAUGUGUAUGCAAGUAGUAAAUGCAAAUCAUAAUAAAUAUUUUCUACAAAGAUGA